AUGAUGAUGGAUCCAAUUUUGAAUCAGCAACCACAAACAAUGGUUGAAUUAUUUAUUUCUUGUAGUAAUUUGAAAAACAAAGAUCUAGUUUCAAAAUCUGAUCCGAUUGUCUCUGCUAAAAUUGGAGAACGCCAAAAAACAGGAGAGGUAUUUUGGAGCGAUAUUGGGAGAACUGAAGUUCAAAAGAAUAAUCUCAAUCCCAAGUUUAUCAAGACGUUCAUGGUAGCAUACAAAUUUGAAGAAAUUCAACAUUUGCAAUUUUUGGUCUAUGAUGUCGACAAUGAAAGUUCCACUCUCGCUGAUGAUGAUUUUCUAGGCAAGUGUGAAGUCAAAAUGUCAGAGAUUGUUUGUAGACCUGAAGGCCUUACAGUAUCACUCAAAGAUAAGCAUGGACAGCAAAUGGGAAACGGUAUCAUCACCAUCAGAAGUGAAGAGAAAAGAAAGGCAAGAGAUUACGUUGUCAACAUUGGUCUUGCUGGAAGAGAUCUUGCAAAGAUGGAUCUUUUCUCAAAGAGUGAUCCUUUUUUCAUCAUCUCCAAAUCUGUAGGAAAUCAAUUUGUAGAUGUUUACAAGUCCGAAAUUAUUAUGAACAAUUUGAAUCCAAAUUGGAAGAAUUUCGAAAUGACCAUGCAAAAGCUGUGCAACGGAGAUGAGAAUACUUCCAUCAAAAUUUCUGUGUAUGACUGGGACAGAAACAGCGAUCCUGACUUGAUUGGCCAUGUGACUACAAGCUUGUCACAAUUAAAACAAAUGAGCCAAAACGGAUCUAGUUUAACCAUUGUGGACGAUCAAAAUAAGAAAAAGAUCAAAAAUAAUGGAAAGAUUGUUGUAAGCAUGUUAACAAUGGCUUUACAAGAGGAAGAAUAUUCAUUUUUGGACUAUUUAUAUGGAGGUUUGGAAGUAUCUCUUCUUGUAAGCAUUGAUUUUACAGGUAGCAAUGGUAAUCCCUCUGAUCCAUCAUCUUUGCAUCACAUUGGUAAAACGAAUGAAUAUGAAAUGGCCAUUCGAUCGGUAGGCGACGUGUUGAGCAAUUAUGAUUCAGACAAACUCUUCCCAGCAUAUGGAUUUGGUGCAAAGCUACCAAGUGGACAAGUUAGCCAUUGCUUUGCAUUGAAUGGUAAUCCAGCAAAUCCAUUCUCGCAAGGUAUUGAUGGUAUUUUACGUGAUUACAGACUUGCCUUGAACACAGUUCAAUUGUAUGGUCCCACUAAUUUUGCUCCAACUAUUCAAACAGCAGUUGCGUAUGCUGCUCAAGGAGCCAUGGAACAAAGUCAACAAAAUCAAAAAUACUUUAUUUUAUUGAUUAUUACUGAUGGUGAAAUUACUGAUAUGCCUGAGACCAUUAAGGAAAUUGUGAAUGCAUCUCAUUAUCCUCUUUCCAUCAUUAUUGUUGGAGUUGGAUCAGCUGAUUUUUCAUCCAUGGAAGCUCUAGAUAGCGACAAUCGAAGAUUGCAAAGUGGUAGUAAUGUGGCAGUCAGAGAUAUUGUUCAAUUUGUUCCAUUCAGACAAUUUGGACCUCAAAACUACACCUUGCUUGCCAAAGAAACACUCAAAGAGGUUCCACAACAAGUUUGUGAAUAUUUCAAAUCGAAGAAAAUCAAACCAAAGAACAAGGUGUAA